ACAGGCUGUAGGGGUGUGUCUGGAUGCGGGGAGAGACGCCUUUGUGGAGAUGCUUCAGGCUGUGCAGGGAUGGAACGGGAGGAAAUGGACAGAUCUUUGAGGAUAGGGUACCAGGACUUUACAUUCAGGGGAGCAGUGUUGGGGGUGUCCCUGGACUUCCUGUGUGUGUGUGUGUGUGUCUAUGUUUGUGUGUAGGUGUAGGUAUAGUGUCACCUGAGGUAUCCUGGAACCGUGGGGAUCCCUCGCUUUCUCCUAGUGGAAUGGACCAUUGGGUGUUUGGCACGUGGUGGAAGGAGUCGGGGGAAAGGACUGAGCACGUGGAAGUUCCUGAGGCCGUGGCCCCGACUCUGCAGACCACAUGUUGCUGCUUCCGCCCCCACCUGUGCUGGUGGCAGGCUGGCUGGGACCGCCUCACUCAUGUGCCUCCCAUCUACUUUUCUGAUCACCUCUACAGCCUCAGAAUAAGCGAUCGUGGACGGCUGCCUUCACACGUCUGUCUAAGGAAAUCCUGUCUCUAAACCUUGCAUUUAUUCAAACGCUUGCAUUAGGGAGUUUUUUUUUUUUGUUUUUUUUUUCCUUUCUAACCUGGAAUUUCCCAAUUGAUUUACUAUAGGUUUCUUUGAGACAGAUUCCCCCAGGGCAUUUAAAACUAGACAGUUCACAGAAUAUCAACUUAGAACACAUUAAAAUUGUCCGCUGUGCUCAGAUCAUUGAGUUGUGAAAAAUAGAAGAGCAAGACAAAGCCCUUGUCUUCAAGGGACCCUGUCUAGCCGGGACGAUGAGACGUAACCCUGUGCAGUAGGAACAGUUUCAGGGAAGCCUGCUGCCCUAUGACAAGGCUGUCAGUGUUGUUCUGCGCUCUGACAUGAUGGGACCGAGCCAGCCAGCCUCAGCCUAUGUUCAUCUAGCAUCUGGUACCCAGCUCGAUGGGAGCGGUGACCCCAGGAAACCUCCAACCCAGACCCAGCUGCAGUUUAAUAGGGAUGUUCCUACACAUUCGAGCAACUUGGCAGUCCGAUAUUCUUGCCCACAUGGAAUUAGAAUUGAGAAACUGAAGCAUGCGUGCAACGAGUCAUACCAUUGUAAAGACUCAGAUUUCCAAGUUGGCCCUGACGUGAGCGGCUCUGUUUCGUUUUCUGUCAUAUCAGAAGAAAGACUUAGCUAUGCUGUCCAGCUAGCCAAAAGAGACGUGAAACGAAGACAGUUUGAAGAACACAUCAAAGAACUUCAGCGCAGAAGUAAGCCCCAAAGCUCUGAGAAGUGCGGGCACACUAAGUGUAAAACACCUGACCACAGGGCGGAGACGAAGGAGCCAAAGAGUCGAGAAGCCUGUCAGGGCAGCCAGCAGCCGUCCAGAGCGGGGAUUCCCAGCUCGGGCGCCAAGGUGCACCUGUACGCGUCCCAGCCAGGGCCGGCAGACCUUGACGGGCUGAAUUCACCACCCACCCGGGACCCGGGACUUCAGGCACGUCCCAGGACAGGGGACCACAAAAGCUUUGGUGAACAGAAGAGCCUGCUGGAAGUCCAGCGACUCCAGAAGGAACUGAGCAAUUGUAUCCAUCAAAUUGAAGAGGUAACUAAAAAAGAUAGACGAGAAGAAGAUUUGGAUCCGGAUGAAGAGCGUCGAAUCCGUGUCAGGAGACAGGAGCAAGCCAUUCGUUGUGCCCGGAUGCUCUACGUCCUCCAGCAGCAGGUAAAAGAAAUCCAGGAAGAAUUGGAUAAAUUGAGUCCACAUAGAAUUAAGCACACUAAGAAGUCGUGGGCCAUGUCCAGGCUGGCAGCUGCCCACCGCGGAGCCAUUCGGGCCUUGCAGGCGUUUGUCACCCAGUUCACCGACCGGGGGGAGCACCCGAUUCCCGCCCGCUGUAAGGAGCUGGGCAGCCUCAUUCGCCAGCUUUCACUGUGUUCUGCCAAGCUGGAUGCGGAGUCUUCUGUCCCCGACGUGGUUAUAGAUAUCCUGCAACAAAUCGAGGCUUUGGAAUCUCUCCUGGAAAAGAAACUGUCGCCAAAAAAGGUGAAGAAAUGUGUCGGUGACGUUCCGAGCAGAUUUCCUGUUGGUAGCCAAAGGACUUUAGCGAGAUGGCCAAGUCCACUGCCAAGGGGCGAGCGGAGACCCUUUGUGGAAAAGGAGAUAUUUCCACAGGACGUAGUUUGGCCUGGAAUGGCACAAAAACUUCUUGCUGGUAGGCGCCAGCCUGACGUGGAGCUUCCAGGGACGGGGAGGCUGCAGAGAGAGCUAGAUGUAUCAGAUGGGCACGUCCUUCCGGAAGAAGCCCCGUUCAUCCUAGAUGAGAGUCCAGGCUUCCGAGAUGAGGCAUUAGCUCCUGAGAAAGCAGUGAAAAAGCGGCCUGUGACGGAGAACGUGCCAUUCAGGAGGAAAGAUGCCCUGGCACCGGCGAGACCGCAGCAAGGACUCCGUAAGCCUGAGAGAAGUAAACUAAGCCAACCUCCUGGCAAAAGCAGAUUGCAGCAGACAACAGUCUCAUCCAGACUGAAAAUGAACCGGCAGCCUGUGAAAGACAGCCGGGCUCCUUGGAUCCCUCCGAACCCCACAUCCCCACCAGCGUCUCCUAAAUGUGCUGCGUGGCUGAAGGUGAAGUCCAGCCCCAGAGAUGCUGUGAAAGACCAGUCUCUCCAGCAAGAAGACACUCAAGAGGAAAGUCAGCUGAGAGGUGAUGUUGAGCACGAAGCAGCCAGGCUCGCUUGGCUUGAUGCUGAAACUUCUAAAAGGUUGAAGGAACUCGAAGAGUUAAAAGCAAGAGAAAUGGACACGGUGCAAAAACAGAGUGUUUCUGCCACCCAGUUAGCAGACAAGGUGGAGGAGGCCGUGCUGGAGCGCUUGAAGCCCCUCCUAGUCAAGGCACAGCGAGACGGCUCUUCUGUGGAAGCAGAUACUCAGCUGGAGGAUUACCCCUCAGUGGACCCAAUGACAGCCCAGCCUGCAGAGGAGGCUACAGCUGUUGAUUCUGGAGCCAACAACACUCAUCAGCUGGAUGAUUUUCUGGAAAAUACCGCUCAUGAGCUCUGGGCUAUGACUCAUGCUAAGAUCUUGGGGUCUGAAACCUUAGCCACCUUGGGGGACAGCAACGACAGCCCAAAUCUGGAGACCAUGAUGCUCCGAAUGGAGGAAAUGGAAAAAUACCAGGAGACCGUUCGCCAGAGAUAUAAUAAAAUUGUGUAUGCUGAUCCUCAUUUUUGGAUGCAUGAAGAAAAUAAUGACCAGAAAGUCUCAGCAGUAAAUGAAAGGCCUCUGGCUCCUCAGCCGAUCAGGAUCACCAAGACAGUGGCCCACAAGGAGGGAGCCGUGAAUAUCAUGCUGGAGAGACCCUGCAAUGGCAGUUCUCUGGAUGAAAGUUUGGGAACAGAGGAGCGAUCGGAGAAAAGAGGGGCUCCCCUCCACUUGCUUGCAGAAGAUUCCCGGCCGAGGGAAGGCCGAACGCCCCUCCUGGUCCCCCCGGGCAUGCUGCUCAGCAUUGGUGACUACCGCAGCCGAUUUGAGCAGUACCUCCGGAUGGUAUCUCAUGAGGCCGUGGGCGCCUUCGACCCGUGGCUGAUAGCUGAAAGCUUUUCAGAAGAGCUGGUAGAUGAAGCUCUGGGGGCCGUGGCUGCUGAACUCCAGGAUGUGUGCGAAGAUUAUGCAGAAGCUGUGUUCACCUCGGAGUUCUUAGAGGCGGCUGCAUAACGGCUCUCCCUCCUCCGGAGCGGGGCGGGGCGGGCACCGCUGUCUCAGCCCCCGGAAGGCUUGGUCCUCAGCGCUCCAGCCAGCCCCCCCGCCACCACUGCCACUGAAGGGAGGAGAGGCCCGGGAGCUCCGCCCUGCUCCCAUGUUCGCCCUGUCACGGCAGUGCUGCUGGAGCUCAGCCUGGAAGCGGGGAUUGCUGAAGACGGGUGAAACAUCUCCAGAGCUCUCACUUCCUAUGAGCACUGUGUGUGUCCUCUGGCUCGGGGUGGCAGUCACUGUCACAGUGUUGGGAAGGUAGUAGGCCAGUGUGGUCCUCACAGGAACUCGAGCUGCUGCUGAACCCGCAGGCGGCCGCGCUGCCCGCACACGUGCGGUCGCCGUCCGGUCCCACCACUGCGCCUGUGGGGACCACUGUCCCUGCCGGGUCACUGAGGGCGGCCCCUGGGCUGCCGCCACUGUUAGAGGCAGGAGCCCGCCCUGGGUGUCGACACUGGGCAGCACGAUCACGGAGCCGCACUUCUCCAGGGCUAGUCUUAAGGCUGUCAGCCCCAGCUCCGCUCCGAGGGGACUUAAUAGCCUCUUAGUGCUGUGUGUCGAGUCGGCCAGCUGCAGGAAGCUGUCUCUGGAUUCAGAGGGAGAGGACCAGGCCGUCGCCUGUGCCCGCGUGAAGGUUCAGAACGCCCGUCUCAAAUGAGGUCUGAAGUGGCUCCAUUUCCGUGCCCCAGAGGGACCCUGUGUGGGAGGAGAGCCCCGGUCCCCACUGCGAGAGGAAGACACG